CUCCAUUAUUGGUCACACAUAUUAACGCGAGGUCCAGUUAAUGUCGGAUAACAUCAUUGUCCCCGACCAAACCGAUGUGCCAGAAGGAAUGAAAUAACUAAAUAGCAGGAAACCACAGAUAUAGAACAAAACAACUUGUAGGCAUCACACAAGACACAGAGAUAGAUGUAAAUUGUAGUCUAAAUACAAAUUGCGCAUUAUAAUAAUAUAACGCUUCCUUACGAUACUACUAAAAAUGCCAUCAAGAACGACAUUAACACCUAUCGAAAAAUCAAAUUAAAGAAAGUAAUGCGUUCUUUUUUCGAUUUUUAAAAUGGAUAACACAACAGUGGCAGUUGGAACGUUCUUGAAUUCAGUUCCGUCAGAAUUACAGAUACACAGUGAUAUAAAAGCAGUUCUUCUGAUUCCAGUUGUUGUUGUCUGUGCUUUGUGUAUGGUAGUUGGAGUAAUCGGUAGUUCAUUGGUGUGCUUUAUUUGUGGAUUACGACUGCGUAAAAAUGUGACCAAUACUUUUGUUCUGGCAUUAGCUUCCGUGGACCUCGUGAGUUGUGUCGUCUGCAUACCAUUGGAGAUCCUAGAACUUCGUUUGCCGUAUAUGUUCGAUUUUCCUGUUUUGUGCAAAAUUCUUAGGACACUCAGAUCAGUGACCACCAUCACUUCCGGUCUUAUUCUCGUUGCCAUCGCGAUUGAACGUUACAAUCGUAUCUGUAAACCCCUGAACAAACAUAUUCAUGUUUCGCAAGCAAACAGGGCGUGCAUUGCCGUUCUUAUAUGUGGCAUAAUCUGUUCAUGCCCCGCUGCUGUUCUUUUCGGAAAACAAAAAAUCGAUUUGGGAAUCGAUGAAGUGGGCGUGGAAUGUUCCAUGGAUGAUCAGCUCUUGGAAACAUUUUAUCCGUCCGCAUAUUACAUUUUCCUGUUUUUGUUAUAUUUUUCUACGUCACUGGCUUUGUGCAUUCUGUAUUCGUUAAUAGCUGCGAAAAUAUGGAAACGUCGAAAAGUACUGACGAAUGUUCGAAACCGAUCGCCUUCUAUCCCAGAGAGUGUCAUCUGCGACACAAAAUCCGUCAGUUCCGGUGAUUACACGUCACACGCAAAAAUUGUUGAACAAGUAGCCAUGAAUAUCCAGAAAGGAAAAUUUGCAACAUUAACGCGUUCUCCGUCGACUUUAAAACGACGCCGCGUCUACAGCCGAAAACGUACCACGUGCAUUAUGUUCUUUAUGACGUUGACAUUUAUUGUGAGUUGCCUCCCUUACAUACUCAUUUCGAUCUGUCGAACGAUUAUCGAAAGCUUUGAAUCGAAUUUAACAAAUACCGAAGCAGUCUUUUUUGAACUCGGUCUCAAAACUUACAUAAUUAGCAGUGCUGUUAAUCCGUAUAUUUAUGGAUUUUCAAACGGACAGUUCAAGCAGGAAUGCUAUAAACUAAUUAUUGGUGUUUUUUGCAAAACUAAAUCCAUAACUCGUCAGAAUACGACCAAUAAUAAUAGUGCUAAAAUGGCCGUGAGAAUAAACACGGGGGAGAGUGAAGCCUAACGCUUUGACAUAUGUGAAUUGUGUAUAUUUUGUAUAUAUUUUGAUGGAAAUAUUAUAAUUGUUGUACAUGGAAUAUAUAAAUACAUACAAUGUAUGUACCCACGGUUGAACGACAAAUUGUUUCGAUUCCGUGUGAAAGGUUAACGACUCAUCGUGCACACAGAACUUAUGGAGGGCCACAUUGGACAUCAUAGGACAUCUUGUACGGUAAUUUAAUCUUGGGAAAACAGAAAGGUAAUACUGAGUAUUUUAAUGCAAACAAUAUGUUCAUACAAGCUUAAAUGCCAAUGUUCGAAAAUUUCGCCUCGAGUGAAAUCAGUUUUUGCGCGAUUUGUUUUGUUUAGAAAUUAUGGAGGGACACAGUGGACACUAUGAAGGAUAAUUCAAUGUUUGAAGAACAGAAAGUUAAAACUUAGUACUUUAAUGCAAACCAUAUUUUCAUCCUCAGUGUUCGAACAUUUCGUCUCAAGUGACGUCAUUUUUUUUUUGUGUGUGUGUGUGAAUUUUCUUUACAACAAUGUGAAUGUUUCAGUUCACGAGGGAUUGCACGAUCGCACGAUAUUGAAAUGCAUCCUCUAUUGUAAAUAGUGUAAUUAGACUUUUAUCUUUCCAAUUCCUUUCUUCUGUCGUUCUUUUCUCUAUCCUCUUAAUCUUUCUUUCAAUCUUAGAAGCUUCUCUUUACUUUUUUUUUUUUUAUCAAAACUUGUUAUUCUCAAAAUGACUAUAACACAUGACGAAAUAUAAAUUUUAAA